AUGGGAACUUUUUUAUCUCGUGCACAAGAUACCACCACUACCACCGUUGAGCUACAACAUCGCCAACAACAAGAGACGACGACAACGACUUGCGAGGACAAUGGUGUCCAUGGCCAUGGCCCUGCAUUACGCAUUCCUGAUUGGCUAUUCACUGCUGCUGCUGCUGCUGCUGGUGAUCACCUCUUGCCAAAGUCUACACUCCAGUCAUGGUCCAAAGCUAACGUGAAGGAUCAUGCAACUGCUUAUCGUGCAUUAUUCCAUAUCCGAAAGGGUUCUAUUCGUGUGAUCAACAUGCGACUCGAGUGGAUCGUGGAUACCCUUGCACCAUGCAUCAUGUCAUUGUCAUCAUCAUCUUCUCCUACUACUACUACUACUACAAGUGAUAAAUGCUCGGUUUCCCUUCCUGCACAAUUUGCCCAGAUCAUUCAAGCAGAAAUUCAUGGUCCUGAUGGCGACAACAAGGGUGCACUGGAAAUUAGCUUGUCUGAUGACCAUCGGAUACACGUUGCCCCGUCGACGUCGUCGUUGUCGUCAUCCGAUUCUGGUAUCCAAGACAACGACAACGACAACGACCCUCUUCCUACCAACACCACCACCACCCAAAAGAGAUAUUCCAUCCAAAUCGAGCUGUGUGCGGAUACUCAGAAGCAUGUCACCUUGAUCGAUAUUGAUAUCAUGGGGGAUGAUAAAUGCCAUGUUCAUGCAAGGUCUCAAAUGCUCUUGGUGGAUGGUAAAUCACUGUACUAUUCCCCACUCUAUGGUAUGCCGGACGCUGAAAACGAAAAUGCAGCAGCCAAUCGACCCGAAUGCAUCAUUUGUCUCACUGAGCUAAAGUCUGCCGCCCUUGUUCCUUGCCAACAUGUAUGUCUUUGUACUUCGUGUGCCUUGAUCUUGAAGUCGCAGCAUGAUCCCAAUAACCGAAGGUGCCCUGUUUGCCGAACCUUGAUCCAUUCGAUCCUUAUAUUAGAAUGCAAAGACGAUGAUGAUGAUGGUGUUGUAGAGACAAGAGAAGGGCCAUAA